UGUGCCUUGGCGCUUGCUGUUCACUGCCAGAUCCAUUCCCAUUCUAGCUGGCUCCUAUUCGUACUUGGCUUAAGGAUCACCACCUCCUGGAAGCCUUUCUAGAACCAUAGGCCGGGGCAGGCGCCUCUUAGGCUCCCACAGCCCCCUGUGUUCCUCCAGGUCUGACCUUCUGGGUAGUAGUUGUCUAAUUUGGUGUGUAUCUCCUUCGACUGGGGCGCCGUGAGUACAGGAGUAUGGUUCACUGUAGAAACCAUAGAAUCUGCCAGCAUAAGGUCUGACACCUAGGAGAUCAAUAAACAUUUAUCCUGGUUGGGAGGGGUCCUGACCCUCGUGCCCCCUCUCAGGAUGCAAACUGAUGCCCAACGAAAACAAGGUUACCCACUUCGCGUGAGUCUGCAGUCCCUGCGCGCAUGCGCUUUGCUCAGGUUGCCCCGCCAUAUGCUAAUCACUGCGCUCAGGAGUAAGGCCUCCUCGGGGAAUAUGCAAAUCACUCCUUCCAGUUCUGGAGGCCUUUCAUUGUCCCGCGCUAGGAUUAUGCAAAUAAGCAGGCCUCGGGCCCAGGAUCCAGUCCGAACUAGCGCCCUCCACCCCCAGCGCAUCCCAUUUUUAUAAGUAGCGUUCCUGCCCCGCACACGCACGCGCGAACCCUUCAGCUUGUUGUUCCUUCGGGCCGCGGACUGUACCAAGUAAACCCAGGCAGCGAGGGGCAAAGCACGGCGCCCCCCGCGCGGGUCUCGUCGACGGCCCGACGCUCAUAGCCCCUCUUCACAUAGAGCUACAGGACUAGUCCGUCUCGCCGCGCAAGCGCCCUAGGCUCUUCACGCCCCCUGCGCGCUCUCCUACCCUACUUGCGACGCAGGCGCAGAGGCUGGGCGUGCAGCCGCCGCAGCAGAGCCGGAGCGGGGGCCGCCGGCGCCGCAUCCCUCUCUACCUGCCAACAUCCUGUAUUAGAGAACUUGUGGCCGAGGUGUGGCUGUGGAGAGCUGGCCGGGGAGGGACGCUGCUCAGCUGCUGCUCUGCUCCUGUCUCCUGUCCCCUCUCCCGGCCAUGACAGAGACCCGUGAGCCAGCUGAGACUGGGGGCUAUGCCAGCUUGGAAGAAGACGAUGAAGACCUUUCCCCAGGCCCUGAGCAUUCCUCUGAUUCAGAAUACACUCUCUCAGAGCCGGACUCCGAAGAGGAAGAAGAUGAGGAGGAGGAGGAAGAGGAGACCACUGACGAUCCCGAAUAUGAUCCUGGCUACAAGGUGAAGCAGCGCCUUGGCGGGGGCCGUGGUGGCCCAUCCCGCCGGGCCCCCCGUGCAGCCCAGCCCCCGGGCCCCCCGGCUCAGCCUUGCCAGCUCUGUGGCCGCUCACCCCUUGGGGAGGCCCCACCGGGAACCCCACCCUGCCGGCUCUGCUGCCCUGCUACAGCCCCCCAGGAAGCACCAGCCCCUGAAGGCAGGGCACUCGGGGAGGAAGAGGAGGAACCACCUCGGGCUGGGGAGGGCCGACCAGCUGGGCGGGAGGAGGAGGAGGAAGAGGAGGAGGAGGGAACCUACCACUGUACGGAAUGCGAGGAUUCCUUCGACAACCUGGGGGAGCUGCACGGGCACUUCAUGCUGCAUGCCCGGGGUGAGGUGUAGGCAGAGCCCCCACACAGGGAGCUUGACAGAAGGGGUGGGGUGGGAGGAGGGGCCUGAGGAAAUUCGGGUUGUGACAGUGGUCAUGGGGGAUGGGAUACUGCCGGUCUGUGUUGUCUUAGAAGUAGAUGUGUGAUGGCCAGAAUAAAAGCCAAAAUCUGUA